CAACACUCGCAUUAUCCUUCAUCUCGCGCUCGUCUCUCGAGCGGCACUUCACGCGGUUGGCGAGAAUAUUUUUGUCUCUUGGCGAAAUAAUUUGCAGUGAAAUAUCAUGAAAAAAGCCGGGCCCGGAGUUCUGCAGGUCGAGAUAAACACCAACGAGGAAUGGCAACAGUUAUUGAGUCGCACGGGUCUGAUCGUCGUGGACGUAUACUCGGAUUGGAGCGGACCAUGCGCGGCCAUGGUAAGUACCCUGAAGAAAAUCAAGUUCGAGGUAGGCAACGCGGUGGAUUACGCGAUCGCGCGAAACGAUGACAUCGACGACUUGGUGAGGUUUCACGGUCGAAGCGAGCCCACUUGGAUGUUCCUGCAGGACGGUAAGAUGUCGAACCUGAUGUUCGGCGCUCAUUGUCCGCGUCUGCGGAACCUGUUGAUAGAGGAGAUAAAAAGAGUUCAGCAUUUGGAGACACCAAAGUGGCGACUGAGCGUGUGCGAACGGGCCCCCGAGGAGGAGAUUCGAUGGCAGGAGAAGGAAGCUAUCAGGCGAGCGCUGGAGGAGAAGAAACAGGCGAAAGAAGAGGCCGAGAGGCUGGAAAGAUACGAGCGAUUUAUGUCGUACAUGGCGAUCGAGCUAUGCGAGAAAACGGUGCUGGUGUUUUAUCCGUGGGUGUUCAAGGACGAGCGCGGCAGGCCGCGAGACAAGUUGCAGAGUCCGCCGUAUUCGGAGCUCGUGCAGGAUCUCUUCAGACAGUGCUUCGACGUGCAAGAGGAGCUGCGUGUCCAGCUGAACGAGGACAUGAUCGAGAAGAUGUUUGUCGAGAGCGACGUCGACAUCACCGAGGAAUUGAUAAAAGGACUGACCGAUGGAAAAUGUAUGGCGCUCAGGCUGAAAGGCAAACCGCCGCAUCCGGAUUGGCCGGUGCCGUAUCCAUACGAAAAUACGGAACGCAAUGCGAUGAAAUGCCCGUCUCGAAUGAUCGACGACAUCGAGAAUUAUCUCAUCAGCAUCAUCACGACGCAGCCGCCUCCGCUUGUACAAACUGGAGUCGGCGGUGUGCCUCUGCCUAGACCGACGUAUGACAAUGUGCCUUACGUCGAGAGACACAUAUACGUGCACGAACCGGACCCGGAAAUUGAGGAUGACAUACCGCGCGUGCAUCCCGCCGUUUGGGUACCUCCUCAAGCUAGAAGCAAAAUUCACGCCUUCAAGACUCUGUUUCCGGGUCAUCUGGAAAAGGUUCAUCCUUAUGAGGAGCCGAUACCUCCUCCACCAUUGUGUGCCUUCAAAUUCGAAGCGUCGAAAUUCAAUGUCGUAAGAGAUGCGUACGAAACGUACGGCGCCGCUGUUGAACAAUUUGGCGCCUUCGAGUUCGAUCAACCGCCUUAUGCGAGACGCCUCACGUCCUCGCCCGAAGAUUUCGAGAACAAGGUGAAGUACAAAACUGGCAACGAGGUGUUCGUGGUGAUAAUUCGAAGGAUCAACGAAGAAGCUUUCCUAGCCUUUGCCAGUAUCGAGCCGUACUUCGUGACAGAGGUUGACGAGGAAGCAGAAGGAAUGUUAACGGAAUAUUUCCCCGAGGGAGUUGAGGAUAUGAUACUAUUAGCGCCGGCCGAGGAAGAAGUAGAAGAAGAAGAAGAAGAAGAAGAAGAAGAAGAAGACGAAGAAGAAGAAGAGGAAGAUUAUGAAGAAGAAGAAGAAUUUGGGGAAUUUGGAGAAAAUAACAUAUUUUAAUGAUAUAAAAGGAUCUAGUUAUUUAUUCCUAUAAUCAAAAAAAUAGAUUCCGCGGAAAUAUAUUAUAUAUAU